AGUGAAAUAUUUCAUUUGGUGUCAUUUUACAGCCAUGUUAACACAUUAAAAUAAUAAAAAAUAUAUAAUUUUAUAAGAAAAUAUUAUAAUACCCUUAAAAAAACUAGAAAAAAUAUGGAAAAACCUAAAGUUAGGAAGACUAAAACCAUGCAGAUUACUUACCCAGCUCCCUAUCUGCACUCAUGGAACAGUGAAGCGCCACCGCUUUUGAAAAAGUGCAGCCCUAUAAGGACCCGUCGGCUCUUCCACAGUCCACGAAGACCGAUCAGUACUCCAAAAAUAAAAAGCAAAUCCUACUCAGCAGUCAGGGGACCUGAUCCUACGGCACCACAUUUGAAAUAUGGAGUGUUUAGCAAUAAAAGGAUAAUUGCUAACAGGGCCACGGUCCUACCAAAAGGUAAGCAGCCUACACCCAACUCCAGACACAGUAAUGUUCUCAAGGACAAGUUAUCUGAUGACCUGAUGAGCCGACACAGCAUGUCUCCCACCAUGAAGUGUCCGGUGCAUAGAAGCAGGCAGUUGCAACCGCAAAUACGCGAGUCCCCAGUCUUCGUAUUCCGCACUAUAGACAAAUCUUUUACUCGACAACUCUCACUAUCAAAAAUGAUGCAUUACGACAUAAAGCCAAAGAAAUAUAACAUGUCUGCCCCCUCUAGUUUCUGCCCCUUAUACAAUCAGAGAAUAUGUCAGAGAGCUAAGUCUCCUGUUCGCAAAACUGUGAGACAAAAUUAAUAGUUUUAUGUAAAACACAACACUACAGUACUCUCAACAAAUCUUGGCAGGUCUGAACUACGUGCAGAAGGCUGUGCAAUAAGUGUAAAGGGUCAAUUGUAUUUAGAAAUGGUCAAUCUCUAGCCUAGAUCGCCGCCCCCCGCACCUCGCCUCAUGCCAUCAUUUGGUUCUAAAAAUUACCCAUUGCGCAGCCUUCUGCACGUAGUUCAGACCUGCCAAGAUCCGUUGAGAGUACUGUACCUCCCAUUAAAGGCGCGGGCCCACGUGUUAAGCUUCGCUUAGUAAGAAAAUGUAUGUGAUUGUGUCCGCUGCAACCCGCGUAGAGGCUACGCAUGAAUGCACGUCAUUAAUACACGCGUGGCUUGCUCAAAUAGGCGUUUACAUAGCUCGAUGCUGUCAACGUGAGUCUACAUUUCCACUUGAGUACACGAAUAAACAUGACCCACGACUACAUUCAGGAAUAUAUUUCGGAGAAUGUGCGGGGGAAAUGCAUAACUUGAUUCCCCCUAGUCCUUUCCAUCAUCGAACCACAAGACAAUCGGCGAGGCGCCACCGCUUCAUGGUAGAUAUCCCACCCACUCGCACGAAGCGCUUCGCUUCAAGCUUCCUUGUGCGAACUGCCAGGGAGUGGAAUUCUUUGCCGGAGUCUGUGUUUCCUGAUGGGUAUAACCUGGACUCUUCACGCUAUAUACAUAUAUAGUCGUGGGUUAUAUUCGUGUACUCCAGUGGAAACGUAGACCCGAAUUGUCAAACAAAUUAAUAUACGCAGCCAAAAUGUGCCGCGAUGGGCCCGCGCCUUAAAGCCGUGGUAGAUACUUUUAGAACACCUUAUAUAUCUAUGUCUCAAGAGUGUUUUAAAGUACGCGUCCACAGGCCCGCAUCGUACGCAUCGGACGCAACGGAUUUUAGUUUGUCUUGUAUAGAAACUCAUACAACUGCGUCCACUGAUCCGCAUCGUACGGACCGCAUCAUCGGCAAUGCCUACAUGCGAUGCGUACUGAUGACGUCAUACGGAAUGCGUGCGAUGCGUACGAUGCGGGUCUGUGGACGCUUUCCUUUAAGCGUAUUUCUAAAUGUUGUAAAAAGUCAGUAUUCCUGCCAAUGGGAAUCCAUUUCCCAUAAGUAUAAACUUUUUGUUUCGAAUUGUUAAAUGAUAAGUGUAUCAAUAUAAUAUUCUACUGUGUGUGACUUUAGU